AUGGUAGACACUCGGCAUCGCUAUCUCUCUUUAUUUUCUUCUGUUACUCUUCUUCUCUCUGCCGCUCUGUCUUCUUCUUUUCUUGCAAAUGCUGAAGCUCCUGCUCCUCCAUUCGAGGCAAAAGCAGUUGUAAUUGAUGCGGGAAGCACCGGCACUCGGCUGUAUGUAUACUCGUACACGUAUACGUACACACCAGCAGCAGCAGCAGCAGAUGGAGGAACAGCAGAAGCAACAGCAGCAGCAGGUGCAGCAGCAGCAGCAGCAGCAGCAGCAGCAACACCGCAGGUGCAGGUGCAGGUGAAUGUCCCUGCCAUUGCAACAAAGCGGGUGAGCCCUGGUAUAACAGCAUUUGUAGACAGUGUAGAGGAGGAGUUACGACAGGCGAAGGAAGCAGCAGCAGCAGCAGCAGCAGCAGCAGCAGCAUCAGCAGGUGCAGCAGGAGAAGGUCCUGCUGAAGAAGCAGAAGAAGAAGGAGAAGCAGGAACAGCAGCAGCAGCAGCAGCAGCUGUUAGCAAUGAGAAAUACCACAAUGACGCUGCAUUAACGAAGACAUUGAAGAGCUACUUGCAGCAUUUAUUAAAAGCUGUUGAAGAAGCUAUCCCUAAUAGAGAAGAAAGAAGGCAUUCUUUAUUGUUGUUCAGAGGCACAGCCGGCAUAAGAUCUUUACCUUUAGAUAAACAAAAAACUCUAAUGUUUGCGAUAUGUGAAAACUUAAAGACUUGGGGGCUUCUUUAUAAACCUCAUAUUGCAUGCAGCGUACUUUCAGGUGUAGAAGAAGGUGUAUUAGGCUGGUUGUCUCUUAAUUAUCUGUUAAAUCGUAUAUCUGCAGAGACAGGAGCAGUUAUAAAACAAAAUAAACAGAUAAAACAAGAAGAAUAUACACAUAACGCUCAGCAUACACCUCAAAAUAAUAUACAUUUACAGCAAAAUAAUACAACAGGGGCUAUGAUUGAGAUGGGAGGGGCUUCUGCGCAAGUUGUCUUUGAAUUGCCUCUCUCUAUUCUUCAAGAAGAAGAAAUAAAACAAGCUGCUGCUGCUGCUUCUGCUGCUUCUGCUGCUGAUGCUGCUGCUGAUGCUGAUGGUGCUGGUACUGCUACUGCAGCAGCAGCAGCAGCAGCAACAGCAGGAGAAGCAGCAGCAGCAGGAGGAGGAGAUGGACAUACACCUCAAGAUGAAGAGACAAAUAACUCUUUUCUACUUCCUGUAGAAGGGCAUGCAGAUUUAAAAAUAUUAAACCUCGGCAAGAAGAAGAUGCUGCUCUUUACAAAGAGUUUCUUGGGGCUUGGUGAGGUAGACAGAUAUUAA